AUGGAAAUGUCUCUUAAGCCUCAGGUGUCUGCACCUGGAGGGACUAUCCUAAGUACAUGGGUUACAUCCAACGGAUGGGGAUAUGCAGUCAUCUCGGGCACAUCGAUGGCCACUCCUCAUCUUGCAGGUUGUUAUGCUCUUGUUAAGCAGAAGUUCCCGAGUCUGAGCCCGAAAGAGAUCACAAGACGUUUGCAGUCAUCGGCAACUCCUUUGAAGCAAUACAACGCAACCGACAUUCUCACGACUACCGCUCAACAAGGCUCUGGCCUAGUCAAUGUCUUGAGAGCAGUGACAUCGGAAACCGUUUUCUCUGCUACCGAGUUCAACUUACGCGACUCAGCCGGCCCCCUUGAUCGGAACUUUACGAUCGAGAACCUGUCAUCUUCUCCCAAGACCUACACGUUGGGUCACAAGCCUGCAGCGGAAGUCAACGGACUACCAAACGGCAACAGUCUUGACAUCAACGACAUGUUUUACUGGGCACUAAACUUCAACCCUGUUUACUCCGAAGUCUCAUUCCCAACGAGCUCCCUUACUAUUCCGGCUGGCGGCAAGGCGACUGUGGAGUUCACUGUGACCCCUCCCUUUGUUGACCCUUCCCUCCUACCGACUUACAGUGGUCUCAUCACUGUCACUGAGGGAGAGGAAAACUUUUCUAUUCCGUAUCUUGGAAUCCCGUAUGCCCGCGGCGAACUUUCCAACAUCUACACAGGGGACUUGAAGAACCUUGACGUGAACCCAGCGCCCCCUUCGGGCGUGCCUUUGCUACCGUUCAUCAGUUCUUCUGAUGCUGGAAUUCGCAACAACGACAAAUCCGUUUACACAUUUCCCGCCCAGAAGGUCGCCGAGAACCAAACACAGAUUCCCGACAAUGACCCGGUCCUCACAGUUUUCAUUGACCAACCAUCGGCGUAUGUUCGAUUCGAUGCAGUGCCUGCCGACAUCGCGUCCAAUCCCGCUUACAACUUCACGCCGUCCACUUUCGGAUAUCUGCCAGGCUCUCAGUCAAACGCCACAUCGUUCACAAACACCACUGUCACUACUUCGACCCUGGACUUGGAUUCCCUUGAUCACGUGGCAGGAUUGAAGAGUUACGGUCUCGUUGGUCUGCUUUGGGGUGGCGAUGUGCCUCACGGAGCUGUUGCUACCAACUUCCGAGGCUACAGUGUCUACAGUACUGAGUGGUCAUGGGGUGUGGUUGAAUUGGCCAACGGAACGAUUUACCAGUUGCCGAAUGCUGAUUACCGUAUCCUGGUUCGGGCCCUGAGAUGGGGGGGCAACAUGAACAGCUCGAGUGAUUAUGACAGCUGGCUGAGCCCGAUCAUUGGGGUCAACAUCACGGACCCCGGAUAUCCCAACCCGUGGCUUACCCAGUGA